CAGCUCCCCAUUUUUUUUUUUCCACAGCAGUACUUUCAACGAGCGCUCGAAAAGUGUUGAGUCUCAACCCCGCAUACGUCAUUCCUUCAAUCUCCUCCCUCUCCUCUAUUCCCGACUACUCACUCCACGACUUGCUUUCUUCCUUUUCCUCAUCUACAACACACCACAAAAUGUCAGAAGCAACAAACACCAAACUCAUGGACACGGAGCCCGGAGGCGAACAAACGCAGCACGUCCUCCUCCUUGUCUGCUCUCCUCUCCUCUCCUCCCUUCCUAACAUCUAUUCUAUAGACUCUUCUUCUUCGGGCCAAAACAAGAAGCAAGAUGAAGCAGAUAAGUCAGAAAGAGGCGAAAAAACAGCCGAAAACAUAAGAUACGGCGAAGCGAUCUCAGAGCACGGGUUUGGCGGCGAGACGGUGGGGAAUGGGGGGAAAGCAGACGCUGCGGAUGGGUUUGGGGAGAUUGAGGAUCAGAGUAUAGAGGGGCAGCAGAGGAGGAGGGAACAGCAGGGGUAUGAGGGUGCGGGGAGUGGUGUUGGUGGCUAG